AUGAGACCACUGAGCUCCAGUUCUGCCUGUCACCUGCCGGUGUCCAUAAGUGAGCUGACAAAGCCCCAUGGCCAGCAGCGUCGGCUGACUGAUGUUGUGGAAAGAGUUGCAAAAGAGAAGGAAAGGAUCAUUGACAAGAUCCAGAUUGACAAGGGGGGAGACAGUCAUAGGAUAUCAGAGAUGCUUUGUUCUGAUUCCUUGUCACUCAGCUCAUCUGAAAUAGAAAGUACAGAAGGCUUGGGAUUUAGUAUUACUUCAAGAGAUGUCCCAAUUGGUGGCUCUGCUCCAAUUUAUGUGAAAAACAUCCUUCCGAGAGGUGCUGCUAUUCAAGAUGGGAGACUAAAAGCUGGAGACCGAUUAAUUGAGGUAAAUGGAGUGGAUUUAACAGGCAAAACUCAAGAAGAAGUUGUGUCCUUGCUACGAAGCACCAAGAUGGGAGGGACUGUCGGCCUUCUGAUUUUUCGACAGGAAGAAACAUUCCAUCCAAGGGAACUGAAUGCAGAACAAAGCCAGUCACAAAUUCCAAAGGAAACGAAAGCAGAAGAGGAGGAGCUUGUCCUCACACCUGAUGGCACCAGGGAAUUCCUGACCUUUGAAGUUCCACUGAAUGACUCUGGAUCAGCUGGACUUGGUGUGAGCGUCAAAGGUAACCGGUCAAAAGAAAACCAUGCCGAUUUAGGAAUCUUCGUCAAGUCCAUUAUUAACGGUGGAGCGGCAUCCAAGGAUGGCAGGCUUCGAGUGAACGAUCAACUAAUAGCAGUAAAUGGAGAAUCAUUAUUGGGCAAAACAAAUCAAGAUGCUAUGGAAACCUUAAGGAGGUCCAUGUCCACUGAAGGAAACAAACGGGGAAUGAUUCAGCUUAUUGUGGCGAGGCGAAUAAGUAAAUGCAAUGAGCUGGAGUCACCUGGGAGCCCCUCUGGGCCAGAGCUGCCCAUAGAGACUCUGCUGGACGACCGCGAACGGAGGAUUUCCCACUCCCUCUACGGCGGGAUCGAGGGUCUCAGCGAGUCGCCCACAAGGAACGCAGCGCUGAAUAGGAUAAUGGGUAAAUACCAGCUGUCUCCAACGGUGAACAUGCCCCAAGAUGACACUGUCAUUAUUGAAGAUGACAGGCUGUCAGUCCUCCCUCCCCAUCUCUCUGACCAGUCGUCAUCCAGUUCCCACGAUGAUGUUGGGUUUGGCACUGUUGAUGCUGGUGGAUGGGCUAAAGCUGCAAUUAAUGAGUCAACAGAUUGCACUCUUAGUCCAGAUGUUGAUCCAGUGCUUGCCUUCCAGCGAGAGGGUUUUGGACGCCAGAGCAUGUCAGAAAAGCGUACAAAGCAAUUUUCAGAUGCCAGUCAGUUGGAGUUUGUUAAAACACGAAAAUCCAAAAGCAUGGAUCUAGUAGCUGACGAGACUAAGCUCAGUACAAUGGAUGACCAGAAAACAGGUUCCCCAACCAGAGAUGUGGGGCCUUCAUUAGGUCUGAAGAAAUCCAGCUCAUUAGAAAGUCUGCAGACAGCCGUUGCUGAGGUGACUCUGAAUGGUGAUAUUCCUUUCCACCGCCCGCGCCCGCGAAUUAUCCGAGGACGAGGCUGCAAUGAAAGCUUCAGAGCUGCCAUAGACAAAUCAUAUGAUAAACCUGUAGCUGAUGAUGAUGAUGAAGGCAUGGAAACUUUGGAGGAAGACACAGAGGAGAGCUCAAGAUCUGGUAGAGAAUCUGUGUCCACAGCAAGUGACCAGCCAUCCCACUCAUUGGAGAGACAGAUGAAUGGAAGCCAAGAUAAAGGUGACAGAAAAAAGGCUGGAAAGGAAAAGAAGAAGGAUCGAGAUAAAGAGAAGGAUAAAAUUAAGGCAAAGAAAGGAAUGCUGAAAGGCUUAGGAGACAUGUUCAGGUAG